AUGGCACCAUUCGGCCAGACGAUUGCUGUGAUUGACAAGUCCGGCAAGGUCGUUAGUACGAGUAAACAACUUUUCGGUGUCUUCAGUCACGCCAAAGCCGCCUACAAAGAGCGUAAAGCGCAAGUGAGUUCGGAGCGCAAUGCCAAAAUCGCAGAGCAGCAGGCGCUUCAAGCGCUCGCCACUUAUACUAUCGAAGAGGCGCCCUCGGUAGCACCAUCACGACGAAGUCGGGCCUCGAGAUCACGACAUCAUUCUGCUCGCAGUCAUCAUGAUCAUCGCCCUCCGUCUCAAUAUGGCCAGUCUCAAUAUGAACAGCUUCAAUAUGAACAACUUCAAUAUGAGCAGCCUCCAUACGAGGAACUUCCAUAUGAGCAGUCUCAAUAUGACCAGGACUUACACACAUCCGCGCUACGACACGAAUCUGUCUAUGAUCCCCCAAUGGAACUCCCUCGUCGACAUACUCACCAUGAGCUCAUCGUUCAGGAAUCUGCUCCUCGACCUGUAGCCGUGCGCUCUAAAUCAGAUGCUCAUAUCGACAUGGAUCUCGCAUACGGAGAGGCUCACCCCGUCACCCUGGCAAAGUAUAGCCCUCCGGAGGAGAACCCCGACGAUCAAAAGCAACUAGACGGUCUUGUAAAUCGCGCCCAGUGGCUACUGGAAGAGGCCCAUUGUCUUCAACAUAGUGCAAAUGCCACGAUCGACCACUUGCAAAAGAACCCCGAUGCCAUGGCCGCGGUCGCUCUCACUCUGGCGGAAAUCAGCAACAUUGCUACGAAAAUGGGUCCCACGGCCUUGACUGCAUUCAAGGCCGCCGCCCCUGCUAUUUGGGCCUUGCUCGCUAGUCCGCAAUUCCUCAUCGCCGCAGGAGUUGGCCUAGGAGCGACAGUAGUGAUGUUUGGUGGAUAUAAGAUCAUCCAGAGAAUCUCAUCGGGUGUCAACAAGUCAGGUGCCAACGAGAAUGAAGUCGCCCAGGAUAACGUCGAAAUCCAAGAACCAGAAGAGGAGGAAAUGGAGGAACUGAUGGAGCUUAAUGUGCCACUGGACCGAGUCGAGAUGUGGAGACGUGGUGUGGCGGAUAUGGAAGCUCUCAGCCUCGGGACGUCAGUAGAUGGAGAAUUCAUUACCCAUCGUGCCGCUGCAUUGUCUGGUAUUGAUGUCACCACCGCCAAGCUGGAAAGAGAUCCGCGAUUCAAGUUCCACGAUGAGGAUUCGGUCGCCUCAUCUCGUCGUUCUCGUCGCUCGCGGGCGUCCAGAUCGCGGACCCAUGCACCAUCGACUGUCCACUCCAACCGAGAAUCCCAGGCACCGCCUAAGAGCUCAUUGAGCUUUUUCUCCAGAUCUGCCAAGGAGCCACCAAGGCCCUCCAGUCGUGCACCGAGCCGAGCACCGAGCCGAACACCGAGCAGAUCGCACAGUCGGGCUCCUAGUCGAGAACGUAGUCGAGCACCGAGUAAAGCACCAAGCCGAGCACCUAGCAGAUCUUCUAGCAGAGCCCCCAGCAAAGCCCCAAGCAAAGCACCUUCAAAGGCUGAGAGCCACGUCUCCGAAAGAGAGAGAAGAGAUAGAAGAGAUAGACGACCGAGAGAGAAGGAGAAAAAGAAGAAAGGUCCCAGUCGGCUGCGCCUGAUGUUUACCGCUUAA